CCUAACUUCAGACCACAUUAACAGCUGGGCGCCAGCUGAUGGAAAAUGAGCGAGAAAAGUCAAUAAAGGUGCGUUGAUUCAAUUGAUAACGUGGCGAUAUGAUGAACUGUUGUUAUUAUUUGUAAAUGUAACAGGUGAAAUUGAAAAAAACUAUUUUAAAAUGGCUGUUCAAAAUAUUGCGGUGAAAUUGUGUGGAAUACUUCAGGCAGCAAGUGAGGAGGAAAUUACAGCACGAGAGUGGCGUCUUUUAGGACAAGAACAAGAUGGUUCACAACUUCUUACUUGGCUUUCAAAUACAAAAAAUAAUGCGGAGGUCCUCAACAUUGGCAUAUAUGUAAAUAAAACCAAAUCUCUGACUAUUCUACACACAUUUGACAAGAAAACUAAUAUCAUACAAGCUUCAGUGAAUGCGACACAAAGUCUUUUAGCAUAUGUUGUCAAGAAACUUCCAACUGAUGAUGCUGAGGCAAAAGAGCCUUUGUACUGUGCUUAUUUAAUGUGUUUACUUCCUGACAAAGAAAGAGUCAGUGAACAAAUUGAAGAUAGCUCUACAAAACAAAUAAUGGUACAAUAUAUAUACGGGAAGAGUAAUAAAUACAGCCCUGGUAUAAGAAAUGACAGAUUCCUGCUGUUCAAACAUUUGGAAUACAUAAAAAUAUAUCGCACGCCAAUGUUUCUAAAUGAAUAUGACGAUGGAACAGAGAAAUGGGGCUUUGAUGGCAUAUAUCCUGAACCGGAAACCAUUGUAAAAGUUUUUUCCUGGGCUCAGUGGGAUUGUGUUAAUCAGGUUUUGUACCACAUUCAUUUUCGACAAGCAUCGCAGAGCUUCGCUGAGGGCGAGGAGGUGAAAUCUCCCUCAGAAAUUACGCCCACUCUAUCCGCUCUACAGUUCCACGCCGAUCUCCCGCACGAGACUGUCGUGAACAUCCCCCUAAGUCUGCCUCACGUAUCGAGCUCGGCGGAGGGGGCCGCUUGCGGGGCUUACGAGGACGAUCCUAUACCAUUACGAGUCCACGACUGCAGCCUCGACUUGCAGAUCGUGUGCGACCAGCGGGGCGUGUUGUGCAUCUGUCAUCACUACUUGUACAAGCCCCUAGACGAUUCCGCCACAUCCCUAGUGCUGGAAGACAGCACGGACCUGAAGGACUCCGGAGUCAACUUCGCGUAUUCGAUAACCCUGCUGCAUCACGGCUGCGUGGUGCACACUGUAGUGCCGGACCUGCCGUGGGCCUUGGCCAAGUCGUUACGGCCAUCUUACACUUUAUACGAAGAAAAUCAUCUUUUGGUGAAUAUACCGAUGCUGUACACGCAUCUGAUAGACAUCAGCCUCCACCACGAGCCGUGCUGUCACAUCGUCCUGCCGGUGGACGAGUGUGACAGCGGGCCCAGCCUCGCGCCCCUGCUGGGCUGGGGUCAGCACGCCAUGGUCGACCUCAAUACUCUGGACGUGGUGGCCAUGGUCAUCCCUGAAAAGGAUUUGACCGCGACGUUCAAGAGCAACACGGCCAUAGAAAAUAAACUCGCCAUCAUACAUUACUUGGUGCAGCACGAGAACAAUAUGGAAUUGGCUGAAGAGCUGAUAUCGUGGAUGUGCCUGAAUCAGCGCGGCGGGCUGGGCUCGUUCCAGCGCGUCAUGCAAGAGUACCUGGUGGCGACCACGUGCGCGGUCACUCGACGCUCGCUACCCUCUUCCGCACUGGGACUUAUGAAGAUGCUUCCAUUCAUGCUGCACCUAAAGUUUUCUGAUGUCAAGGUUCGCGACAUGUGCGUGUCGGUGAGCCAGGAGAAGCUGUGGAGCAGCAGCGCGGUCGUGCUGGCUCCUCGGCAGCGCGUGUGCCAGUUUUCCGAGGACGUGUGGACUAGGGUCUGGGCGUCUCUGUCCGCUCCGUCAGUCACCCGUCUACAUCCGACCGUCGUCACCGAUAAGCUGCGAGUGAGCCUGCAUUGUUACCAGCCGGAAGCGUUGUCUCGGUGCAGCACCCCGCUGUCCCCGAGCGGCCCGGGGCCCGCGCUGGGUUCUCAACGCCGUUCGUCGCUGGGCAACGGGCAGGACCUGCUGCCCUUCUUUGAACUGGACGUGUGCACUGCCAGCAAACAGGAGCAUAUAGUGGCUGCGAACUUGCGCGAGGUGAGCGUGCACCUGAUGCGCGAGAGCGGCGGCGCGGCGGGCGUGCAGGGCGGCGUGCACGCGGCCGCCACGCGCUGGGCGGCGGCGCAGCUGGAUGCCGCGCGCGCGCUGUGCCGGGCGCUGUGCCGCGCGCUCGCCGCCGUGCCCGCGCACCAGCAGCAGCGCGGAUUCACUUUCAUUGACGAUAUGGAUCCUAACCACGCAUACAUACUGUUCAAAGUCCUAGAGCAGUACUACCUGGCGACCGACUCCAUAGCGUUCCCUGUGCCGCAAGGAUUCACAUCAUUCUUCACGUACUUGGGUUACCGCACUCUGCCCUUUCCCGCCUUCGCGCAGUACGUGCACAGGAGCGUCUUCGAACUGCAGAUCGACGUUCUGAAAGCUAUCGUGACUGAAGAAGACAAGUGCAGCGUGAACAAGAAGCUGCGGCUGAUUCAGGUGGCGGGGGAGGGGCGCGGGCGGCGCGCGCUGGCGGCGUGGGGCGCGCGGGCGGCGCUGGUGCUGCGGGCGCGCGACCACGCCGCCGCGCUGCUGUCCGGCGCCGCGCCCGCCCGCCACGACCGCGCGCGACACCGCCCCGUCCGCGACACCGGUAUCGCAGCGUUGCCGUCUGGAGAACGUCUUUCACCGUUGGACACAUUCCUGGAUCUGCUGACGGCCAAAGCAAGCCUCAACGAGCUGGACUUCAAUCUUAUAAUAGAGGCCACUCUAGCGUCAGUGCAACAAGACAACAGCGUUGCUUAAAAUUAAGGAUGCAGUCACGCACCGCCGUCGGCAUUGUCUGUCUAUUAAUUUCGAUUUUAAGGGUCCGUUCACACAGACCGGCUCGGAGAGCAUCGACCCGCUUUUUUCUUAUCGCACAGACCGGAUCGUAUACGUUUGGAAGCGGCCGGAGCGGAGUUUUUUACUGGUGGUAGGACCUCUUAUGAGUCCACAUGGGUAGAUACCACCAACCCGCUUAUUUCUGCCGUGAAGCAGUAAUGCGUUUCGGUUUGAAGGGUGGGGCAGCCAUUGUAACCUUAGAACUUAUAUCUCAAGGUGAGUGGAGCAUUUACGUUGUAGAUGUCUAUGGGCUCCAGUAACCACUUAAAACCAGGUGGGCUGUGAGCUCGUCCACCCAUCUAAGCAAUAAAUAAAUAAAUAAAUUGCCAACUAUUUCACAUAGACAGACUGAAAGAGAUCUGAAAGCGUAUGCGCACGCAAUGGGAGCCGAUCGGCUAGAGCGCGCAAUCGGAUCUAAUUAUUUCACAGUCAACGCGUUCAAGCAUUCUUAAUGACAAAAAAGUGCACAUGCAAAAAUAAACUUUACUACAAUUACUCAAAACUCUGUUUCCAACGUGAUAAAAAUUUGUUCUCUCCGAGCUGGUCUGUGUGAACGGACCUUGAUAGUAAAUUCUAGUUAUGAUCUGUAUUUGACAUGAGGAGCGGUGUAUUACAAGCUGCUCAAUCGACUAAAAAAUAAAAAAGAUUGGUGACAUCCAACAAUCUUCUAGCGAUACUGACAGGGGUCGUGUCCCCUAGUUUGCACCCCACUGAUUUAGAAUACUUCGUUUAAUUAUUCGCUAUGUGAAGUUAUUCCUGUGCAAUUUUAGAUUUACAAAUUUUAGAAAGAUAUUAAUUAGCAUUAUUGAUUUUUUUUAAUUCGACUGUGUUGUGUCGUCUCUGUACACGUGAAUUAACUGGUAUCUAGUUGAGAUUUAUUGUUAAUUAUUUAUUUAUUACUAGUCUUAAUUUACUUGUAGCUGUAGACAUGAAGACUAUGUUUUUCUUAGAAAAUUUAAAUACAUUCCAAUUAUAUAAGUAUAUGAACGCUAGUAAUUUACUCUCAAACGAUUUUAGUGAUUAGAACUGGUGCCAAAGAUGCACAAAUUUUUAGAAAUUAGAAUUUUCGGCUCUCAUUUGAUUUCUGUGCAAUUUAUUCGUGCAAUAUAGAGGAAUAAGUUAUAAAUAAACAAUUAUGAAAAAAAUAA